CCCAGGCUUCCUGAUAAUGUCACCUUUGAAGAAGGGGCCCUGAUUGAACCCCUGUCUGUGGGGAUCCAUGCCUGCCGGCGAGCUGGAAUCACCCUGGGAAACAAGGUCUUUGUGUGUGGAGCUGGGCCGAUAGGACUGGUCACUCUGAUCGUGGCCAAGGCAAUGGGUGCAGCUCAAGUGCUGGUGACUGAUCUGUCUGCCUCUCGGUUGUCCAAAGCCAGGGAAGUGGGGGCUGAUAUCGUCCUCCAGAUCUCCAAGGAGAGCCCUCAGGAAAUCGCCAGCAAAGUGGAAGAUCUGCUGGGGUGCAAGCCGGAAGUGAGCAUCGAGUGCACAGGGGCAGAGUCCGCCAUCCAGUCAGGCAUCUAUGCUACUCGUUCUGGUGGGACCCUGGUGCUCGUAGGGCUGGGCUCCGAGAUGACCAGUGUGCCCCUGGUGCACGCGGCCAUCCGGGAGGUGGAUAUCAAGGGCGUGUUUCGAUAUUGCAACACGUGGCCAAUGGCGAUUUCGAUGCUUGCCUCCAACUCUGUGAACAUAAAGCCCUUAGUCACCCAUAGGUUUCCCCUGGAGAAAGCUCUGGAAGCCUUUGAAACAGCCAGAAAGGGAUUGGGGUUGAAAGUCAUGCUCAAGUGCGACCCCAAGGACCAGAACCCCUAAUAUGAAUUGGGCUCUGCCCUCAUCCCUGCCCCACGCCAGUAUCUCAGGGCAGGGGAAGACUGUGAUGCAGAAGUUUUUUUUGAGUAGCAAGAAUAAUUAAAAUAAUUCAUUAUAAGCAGAGAGCCUUACACAGAGGAAUUGGUGUGCCUUAAAAACACAAGUAGGGACAGUUUGGGGGAAUUUGCAGCCGGAGUGACCUACCUGUUCAAUAGAGCAAAGUUCAGCAAGUAUAGCAGAGUUUGUUAGGCAGGUCCUGGGGAACUGCCCUUCUUCCUGGAAGGCCUAAAUAAGGGAAGAAAUCUGCCCGUUGGCUUCCUGGUUCCGCAGUGACUGGCCAGGUGGGGGUGGGAGCUAAGUUAUGAAGAGACAACUUUAUCCAGACUCAACUGGCACAGAAAUUGAUUUCCAUGAAAAAUCUCAUUUCAGGGUCUGGGAUGAAGGAUUGUCAGCAGUUUUUAGAGGACAGCGUUUCUAGACAUACGUGCCAUUUGGUUUGAUGAUAAAAGGAGACUUUAAGGAACUGACCUGCCUGGAUCUAGGAUCAUUUUUAAAUCAAUUAAAAAAAAAACCCAAAAACUGAAAUCCCAAGUGAGGUCCAACCAGCUUGCAUUCUCCAAUUGUAGAAAUAGUCAGGAAAGUUCUCAAUACUGCUGGAAGAUUGCCUCUUCUUCAACUCCCGAGAACUCUGUGUAACUUAAACUGCCUUCCCCACACUCCCCACCCCCACCCUUCUGCAUUUAGGGGCCGUCACUGUGGGCUCCUUUGUCACUACGCAACCAGGAGGCUCCUUUCUUAAGGCAACAGUCAAGGGGAAUCCCCCUGGGAGACUUGCCCAGGAGGGUUUGGCCAGUUGCACCUGUCUUCCCACCUCACAGGGUGAGCAUUCCCUUCACACUCACUGAUGAUAGACAAUUUCAUUAAAUUCUUUUUUUUUUUUAAA